CUGACGGCGUAUUCCGGCUAGUUCAACUUCGAUAGUUUGUGUAUGUUGCAGCGAUGUCCUCGUGUUAGUCGUGUUUAAUGCUUGAAACAGUGGCAUGUUGUGUUAAUUGUUUACCAUGAACGAAAAUGUGUUUUCGUAGUAUUAUAUGGUAGUGACAGUGUGAAUGCAAAAUAAUAUGUGUGCGAAGAAACUCGCGAAACUGAACGAAAAGCAUCAUUCGAAUUUUGUGUAAAAUGGGAGACGGUCAGAAAAUAGAAUUUGAUUUAUCUGGCGACACUGCUCCCAACAAUGCUUUUAGAAGCUCGUUUGCUCGGUCAUUUGCGACUGAGUACAGACGUCAGAGUAAGUCACUCGACUAUGCGUAUUUUGAAGCGAUACCGGUAACUGAAGAAGAUGAAGACAACUCUCCUUGCAGUGGACCCCGUAGUUUAACAACAGAUUUAAAUACGUCACAAUGUAACUCCACAGAACAAAAUAAAAUUGACCUUUCUUUGCCCGUGUUCGGCUUUCAUGACUCUCCAUUUGUUAGGCAAGCAUUCCCAACUAGAAGACAUCAGCAUCGUGAAGUCUUCAAAAUGUGGAAGGAAAAACAGGACGCACUGAAACUGGACAAGACCGAGGCUUCGAAAGAUAACACAACGCAGGCAAUUACGAGAGAAGCUGCGAAUUCUUCCGAACAGGACACACCAAACAAGAUGUCCAACAGGAAGCUACAGUCGCCUAGGGCUGUGGCUGAAGCUGUUGACGUGAACGUGUUGCAAUCGAAGGUCGAGACGCUGUCUUGGCAGCUUCGUCAGGCAGAACAGAGUCGCCAGAUGUACAAGCAAGUUAUGGAUCAAGUGGCAAAAUUCUUAAAACGCGCUCAUAUUAGUCUGGAUGCUAUACAGAAUAAAAUGGAUAGCAACAUGACAUGCAGGGUUCCACGUUCAAGAAGUGUUCACACUGUCAAUGCCUCUCCUGUGAGGCAUAGUCAGAGUUCAGACUUCCCACGCACCAAGAGCAUUGCACAAAUUGAAGGAUCACAGGCUACUAACAGUGCCUUCAAAGAUUUCACUUGGAGGCGGACAAGGAAAGUUAACGACAAUGCUGAUGAGAUCACUCCAGCAAAGUUGGCAGAAGAAGCAUUCAGAUUACUUCGUAUUGUCCAAUCCCUAAUGAAUACAAAUGAACCUGAUCUUGCCCAAUCCCUGAAUGGCUCAUUGCCAGGAAGCCAAAGAAGCAGCCUCACUGCAUCAGAUGAACUUUCGGCUUCUUUUCAUAGGAGGCUUAAUGUAGGUGAAGUUCCUAAGUACCCUGCACCAAGAAACUGUAGCUCCUUUCUGCACAGUGCCAGUGUAGAUGAUAGAAACUCACCUGAUGUGUCCUCUAUUCAUUCUAGUUCUUCCAAAAUGACAGAUGGGGCAGAUUUUGAAGGCGGAUGUUUAACUAGUCGACUUGAAGCAGGAUUUGCUGGAAGUAUUGCUAGUACUAAAGAUACAACUACAUGCAGCAACAUUAGUAUUUCAAAGAAACAUUACAAUGGUUGUAGUAAUCAUAUAACAGAGGCAAGCUCAGCUUCAUAUGAAUUAGUCAAUCAAGUGAAACCACAAGCUCAUCAGCUUAGUGAAGAUGAAAGUGGCUUUUCAUCAAUGAAUUCUUUUCAAGAUGUUGGUCUACCAAUGAUGCCUCCAUCAAAAUUGGAGGGAAGUUUUCAAGAAGUUGGACUUCCUGUUGUUGAAGAGACAGAAAUGAUCCAUAAACACAGACGAUGGAGUUCCAGCCCAGUGCAGUCGGCUUACUCAUCCCAAAGUGUGACAUUCCCUUCUGAAACAUUUCAUGUUUUGUGGGUGUGAACUGAUUAUUUCAAGACAAAACAGCAGCAGUGUUCUCACAAUUUCCUCAAAUCAGUAACAAGAAAGGCUGUAUUUUCCAGAAGACAGCAGAUGUGGUAAACUCUACUAUUACACACAACAUGUUCCAAAAGUGUAGCACGAAUUAUACAGCUACCACCAUUGUUUCAUAAAGGAAUUAUAGUAUUUAUUCUGUCUUUGCUUAGUUUGACAAGGGGUAUUGAACUGUAUGAACUAAUCUUUCGAAAUCACUGUGCGUCAGUGACAGAUGAGUUUUUUUAUAGUUUUUCUUAUAAAUACUUGAAACUCAGUGUUUGCAGCUUUUAUUAUAUAUUACAUUUUUAAGUGUCUUUCUGUAACAAAAUGUAAAUUGCAUUUGCAAUAAAACAAAAAAUGAACAGUACUGUCUUGAUGCUUAUGAACAUGAAUAUAAAUAAUGUGUAGUGAAUAAUUACACUAUUAGUGAUCAAUUAGAUUUACAUUCUACAUUUAUGUUUUGUAUUUGUGCAAAUGAUUUAUGUUGUAAAUGUAUUGAAAUAACACAUUAAACUGUUUCAGUUUGGAUAUGACAUGUAUUGUUCAUCUGUUCUCACUUUAUAAAAUCAUAUUGCCUGCAUAUAUAUAAUUUAACUUUCAAAAUUUUUUGCAAACCUUAAAAAACACAAUUUUCUGCCUGGGAUAUAAUUAAAUUACUUCUGCUCAUGAGUCAAACAAAAAAAUAUUGAACUUUAAACAACAAUAGUAGUCACUAGACUGAGGCAGAUGCAUGGUGUCACAAUUGCAAGGCUCUUCAAAUCACUUGUAUGAGCAUUUGAAAUGUUUAACAAAUAUAAUGUGUUUGAGUCCACUCUCCUUUCCUAAUAAUUCCACUGUUAAGAUGUUACAAAACUUUAAAAUACACAGACAACUACAGUGUGUAACUUGUUCAACAUAUACGUAAUUCGGAAAGGUGUCAAUUUUUGAUUUGCCACGUAGAAAUACAGGUGACUGAAUUGAAAGCUAGGAAACUUGUAAAGGAAAGCAAAUUUAUGAGAAAAUAAAUGAAACAGUGCUUGAAGAUUAGAUGUAUGAUAUUUUUAAACAGAAAACAUCACAUCACCCUUUCUGUAUCAGGUGUGCUACAUUUUCAUACUGCAGAUUGUUUUAUAUUGCAGCCAUCUGCUCCAUAAAGAAACUGACAAGUAUGUGCAGUCAUCUGAUGUGUAGUGUUUUUUGUGUGGGUGUCUUUUGCACCAUGAUCUUGUUUCUAAAUUCGUAUUUGUUAGGUUCUCUAAAUUAAACAAGAUUUGUUAAUUACUGUCUAGGUUUUCUCCAGAAGUCCAUUUCUUCCCUUGUCUGUGUCUAUUGUAAAAAAAGUGCUGUAUGUUUAAUACCAGAAUGAUCUUAUACAGAAAGAAAUUGACACUGUAUUUCAGCAACAAAAUAUUGUUUUAGAGUUCUGUUACUAAUUUCCCAAUAAACACUCAUCAUGUAUUGUGUAGCCAACACUUAAGGUUUUACACUUAAGUGAAGUGAAGAGACAGCCCCUCUCUGCUUUGAAACACAUGUUAAUGGCUUUGUUCUUGAAUAGGCAGUAACUUUAAAAAGUUAAAGUGCUUCUAUUAAUUUGGGUUUGAAACAAGGUCAGAAUUCAUCUAUCUCUUUUUUAUUUGUGCAGCUUCCACUAGGUAUAUAUUUUGUUAGUGUGUGUAUCUGCACCAUAGCAACAUUAAAACUGUUGUUUCCUGGUAAACGUCAUUGUAAAAUACUAAAAGUGCAAAAAAAAAAAAAAAUUAAGUCUUUAGAGAUGGCAAACACAGUCUCACAUCCUCAAUAGAAGUGAUAGAAUGUCCUGGUAAGCAGUUCUGCCAGAAUCAGUCGUUGGAAUUAUCAGGUUUUUCCAGUGUGGUAUGAUGCAGAACUUUCACAGUGUUAUUAAUUGCGAUACAUGUGUUAAAUGAAGUUCUCAGAAUACAUUUCAGAUUACUGAUACAUUUGUAUAUAUUACAAAUUAUUUCAUUGUAAUAUUUUUUUAUUGUUGCUUCUAUCUCCCCCAUCCGCUCUCUCGGUCAGCUUCAGGAUGUUUUCCAAUGCUAUUUUCAUUAUUAUUAUUGUUGUUGUUGUUGUUGUUGUUGUUGUUACUACUACUACUACUACUACUACUACUACUACCACUACCACUACCACCACUACUACUACUCUAUGAUGAAAGGCACAUCUCCUCUGUAUUUCUUGGCUAUGCCAUAUGCCAUAACUUGCCUAACUUGGAAACUUCCCCAAUGUUUCUAAAGUUUUCCGACUUUCUUGUUUCAAUAGACUCCUUAACUACAUUCUCCCAAAAUUUUGGAGUCUACAUUAUUGAUCUCCGUGCAGGGAUUAACAAUAGCUUAUGUAUUCAACUGUUUGUCACGUAUCUUGGUGGUAUUUCUUUGACUUCUCAACUGUUCAGAUGGUCUCUCACAUUUAGGACAUCACACACACACACACACACACACACACACACACACACA